UAGAGUCCCGAGCUUCACUGACGUCAGUUACAUGCGCCGUUCCUGCGACGUCAUAGCGGGAGACAUGGAGGAGCGGCCGGCGAGGGACUGUGACAAUUCAUUGUGUGAUAACCGAUCCCAGAUGUCCAGCUCGCCGGUGUCUAAGAAGCGUCGCGUGGCCAUAUCUGAUACAAAGACGGGUUCAAACUGCGCCUCCUCCAAUUCUGUGAGCACAGAGCAGACGGCGCCAGCCAACGGCAUGGCUCGGAACGGGAAUGAAGCCGAGAUCGAUGAGGGCCUCUACUCUCGUCAGCUCUAUGUCUUGGGCCACGAGGCAAUGAAGCGGAUGCAGAACGCCAAUGUUCUCAUCUCAGGGAUGGGUGGUCUCGGCGUGGAGAUUGCAAAGAACGUUAUCCUGGGAGGAGUCAAAUCCGUCACCAUCCAUGACCAGGCAGACACAAAGUGGGGAGACCUCUCUUCUCAGUUUUACCUCCGUGAGGAAGACGUUGGCAAAAAUCGAGCCGAAGUAGCCCACCCCAGACUGGCCGAGCUGAACACCUAUGUGCCUAUACAUGCCUCUACCAGCCCCCUGACUGAAGAAUUCCUCUCCAACUUCCAGCUUGUGAUUCUCACUGAUUCCACACUAGACGAGCAGCUACGAGUAGGCGACUACUGCCAUGGACACAGCAUUAAGUUCAUUGUGGCCGACACCAGGGGUUUGUUCGGGCAGCUGUUCUGUGACUUUGGUGACGAUAUGGUCGUCCUGGACCCCAAUGGAGAGCAGCCCUUAAGUGCCAUGAUUUCUAUGAUUACAAAGGAUAACCCCGGCGUGGUCACCUGCCUGGAUGAGGCUCGGCACGGCUUUGAAACCGGCGAUCAUGUAACUUUCACUGAAUUACAAGGCAUGACGGAGCUCAACAACCAUAAUCCUGUGGAAAUCAAAGUGCUAGGACCAUACACCUUCAGCAUCUGCGACACAACCAAGUUCACAGACUACGUCCGUGGGGGCAUUGUCAGCCAAGUAAAGAUGCCGAAAAAAAUCAGCUUUAAACCCUUAAAGGAGUCCCUCCAGGAACCCGAAUUUCUUAUUACAGACUUCGCCAAGUUUGAUCAUCCAUCCCAGUUGCACCUGGGCUUCCAGGGUCUGCACGCCUUCCAGAAGAAGAAUGGUCGCCUUCCAAAGCCACGCAGUGAGACUGAUGCUAAAGAGUUUCUGACCCUAACCAAAGAGAUCAACGAGAAAUCAUCCGGAUCUGCAAAGCAGGAGGAGCUGAAGGAAAGCCUUCUGAAGAAGCUGUCUUUCCAGGCCACCGGAAAUCUUGCCCCUGUGAAUGCCUUCAUUGGAGGUUUGGUGGCACAGGAAGCCAUGAAGGCUUUGUCAGGGAAGUUCAUGCCAGUCAUGCAGUGGUUGUACUUUGAUGCCCUAGAAUGCUUGCCUGAAGAAAAUGAAGAUUCGCUACUGAACGAGGAGAUCUGCAGUCCGAAAAAAUCUCGGUAUGAUGGGCAGAUUGCUGUUUUUGGAUCCGACUUUCAGGAGAAAAUUGGCAAACAGAAGUACUUUCUGGUUGGUGCUGGCGCCAUUGGCUGUGAGCUGCUGAAAAACUUUGCCAUGAUAGGCCUGGGGGCUGGACAAGGCGGUGAGGUCAUUGUGACAGACAUGGACACCAUAGAAAAAUCCAAUCUGAACAGACAGUUCCUCUUCAGAUCCUGGGAUGUUACGAAAAUGAAAUCCGAAACUGCAGCUGCAGCAGUGAAACAGAUGAACCCAAACUUGAAUGUCAUAGGACACCAGAAUCGUGUGGGCACAGACACCGAGAAGGUUUACGAUGACGAUUUCUUUGAAGCGCUUGAUGGUGUGACCAAUGCACUUGACAACGUGGAUGCCAGGAUGUACAUGGACCGCCGUUGUGUGUACUACCGUAAGCCACUUCUGGAAUCUGGAACUUUAGGAACCAAAGGGAAUGUCCAAGUUGUGAUACCUUUCCUCACAGAGUCCUACAGCUCAAGCCGACCCCCAGAAAAGUCCAUACCUAUAUGUACCCUGAAAAACUUCCCCAAUGCCAUUGAACAUACCUUACAGUGGGCUCGGGAUGAAUUUGAGGGACUCUUCAAGCAACCAGCAGAAAAUGUCAAUCAGUAUUUAACGGACCCAAAAUUCAUGGAGAGGACUUUGAAGCUGCCCGGCUCUCAGCCCUUAGAGGUGAUUGAGGCGGUGCACAAAAGCCUAAUAACCGACCGGCCCAAGAGCUGGACAGAAUGCUUGACCUGGGCCUGUAAUCACUGGCAUACCCAGUACUCCAACAACAUCCGACAGCUGCUGCACAACUUCCCUCCGGAACAGCUGACCUCUACUGGUACACCCUUCUGGUCUGGCCCCAAAAGAUGUCCUCACCCCCUGACCUACGAUGGGAACGUGCCCUUGCACUUGGAUUAUGUCCUCGCAGCUGCUAACCUCUUUGCACAAUCCUAUGGUAUUGCUGGAUCCACAGACAGAGCUGCCGUCUUGGACCUCCUCAAAUCUAUCAAAGUGAUAGAGUUCACCCCCAAAUCCGGAGUAAAAAUCCACGUAUCUGACCAAGAGAUGCAGAAUGCACACGCCUCCCUGGACGACAGCCGCCUAGAGGAGCUGAAGCAGAGUCUCCCUACGCCAGAGUGUCCUGGUUUCAAAAUGUAUCCCAUCGAUUUUGAAAAGGAUGAUGACACAAACUUUCAUAUGGACUUCAUUGUGGCAGCUUCUAACUUGCGAGCCGAAAAUUAUGACAUCCCACCUGCGGACCGUCACAAGAGCAAGCUGAUAGCAGGCAAGAUCAUUCCCGCAAUCGCCACCACCACAGCGGCAGUGGUCGGCCUCGUGUGUUUGGAGCUCUACAAGAUUGUUCAAGGACACAAGAAGAUCGAGUCCUUCAAGAACGGCUUCAUGAACUUGGCCCUGCCCUUCUUUGGCUUCUCCGAGCCCAUCGCAGCACCGAAGCACAAGUACUACGAUCAUGAAUGGACUCUCUGGGACCGGUUUGAAGUCAAGGGCAUCCAGGACAACGGUGAGGAGAUGACGCUGAAACAGUUUUUGGACUACUUUAAGGAUGAACAUAAACUGGAGAUCACAAUGUUGUCGCAGGGAGUAUCCAUGCUCUACUCCUUCUUCAUGCAAGCCGCCAAGCUGAAGGAACGUCUCGAACUCCCGAUGACCGAAAUUGUCACAAAGGUUUCCAGGAAGAAGAUCGGGAGACACGUGAAAGCUCUAGUGUUCGAGCUCUGCUGCAAUGACGACGACGGAGGGGAUGUGGAGGUCCCCUAUGUCCGCUACACUAUCCGUUGAGGGCCACCAGAUCUCCAGCUGCAGUGCACGUUGGGGAAGGGAUAGCUGGAGCAGAUCGGAAAUGGGCACAGGAUUUUGGGGGGGCGGGGGGUGAAUUUUAAGGAAUUAAAAAAGGAAAAAAAAAAAGUUUUGGGAGUUUGACUCUUCUACUGCUAUUAACCCUUCAGUGUGGUGAAGGGAACAUGACUAAGGGGGGGGGGGGGGGGGUGCACGACUCAUCUUAAUGUAAUCCUAUCACCUGUCUGGUAUCAUGUGAUGUUUGUGAUCAUUUUCUGUACAUGACCAUUUUUAACACUUAGAUCCAACUAACCAGCACCCUGUCCUCUCGCCUGCACUCCAACACCCCUUUAGAGGUGCUUACUCCCAAACUCCCCCUCCCAAACCUGUCCAGUCUCCUCAGCCAUUCUUUCCGAGAGGCUCCAGCCGCCGAUGACAUUUCCUGCUCCAUGUAUUUGUACCGCUAGUCGUUUAGUGCACCUGCCGCAUGUGGCGCCAUCUGCUGGAAGGAGGGUUAUUGGUUGUUGGGAAUUAAGCUGGAGACGUCUGUGCCCUCACGUGUAAGACCAGCUGCAUGGGGAGCAUACCAUAAAUUUUUCUUUUCUUUUUGCCUUGCCCACACCAUCCAGACCACGCCGGUGACCUGAGGGCUGAAGAGCAGUGAGAUAGAGCUUUAGUGUAAUGAGAAAUACAGUACUGCUGUUCUUGUAGAAAUGUCUCUUUAUACUGUGUUUGAAAUCUGAAAAAAAUAAUAAAAAAAAGAGAGGAAUUAA